AUGAGUAAUUACGAAGACGAUCAAAGUGAGGAUGGUGAAUUAGCACGCAGCCCUGUACAAGACGAAAUGGACUUUAGUCUAUCUGACGAUGAUAGAGAUAAUGCUGACUCCCUAGUAAUAAAACCUCCUCAAGCUGUGAUUCGAUCUCAUCGAGACAAAAGAAGUCAUAAACGUUCUGCCAAAGACAGAUUUAAGGAAACAACGCGUAAAGAGAAAAAACAUCUUUACAGGGAACGUGAUAAAUCGGAUAAACAACAGCAAAAACGUGAAUUUAGUAAAGCUUUAGAACGUGAUGAUUUACCUAAAGACUAUUAUAGAGAUAAGCAAUAUUACCGAGAGAAGGAAGUUUAUCGCGAAAAAGAUGUGCGGGAAAAAGAAAUUUACAGGGAAAGAGAUAUUAGGGAUAAGGAUAUUUAUAGGGAAAAAGAUAUAUAUCGGGAAAAAGAUCCUUAUAGGGAGAGGGAACAUUAUAGGGAACGUGAAGUGUACAGAGAUACAUCUUAUAGAGAAAGUGGUAGACCUAAGGAAGCUUAUAGGGAAAAAGAAGUCUAUAAAGAAAAAGAUGUACAAAGGGAGCGAGAAAUGUAUGUGAGCCGUGACCGUCAGUAUAAAUAUGCUGAUGCUGAAAGAAAACGUUUAGAACCAGACAGAAUAGAAAAUAGAUUAAGGUUGUUAGCUGAGGAAGGGCGAACUACACAAAAUAAUGAAAAAGAAAAUAGAGACAAAACAUCUGGUGACAAGGAGCUAGAAGAUUUAAGAAGUAGACUACUUAGUAAAAGAAUUUCAAAAGAGUUGCAGACUCAAGAAACUACUAAAAAGCAUUCAGAUUAUGAUAAAGAAAGUAAAAAACAUGUGGAUUAUGAAAGGGAAAGAAAUUCAGAUCGUCAUUCAUCUCUUGAUAAACAUCAACAAGAAAGAAGAAAAAGAUUAUUAGAAGCAGAGCGGGAAAUGGUUAAAAGGAAACAUGAAUCCCGAAUUGAAUUAGAGGCUCGGCGUGAAGACCGACGUCGUCGUGGAAAAAAGAGAUCUAUAUCUCCUGAAGAGAUUUCUACUAAAAAGAAUAAGACUGAGCAGUCCCCUCGGUAUGGAGAUUCAGUUGUAACUGUGUCGGAUGCUAGUGAUGUGGAGAUGAAGAGUGAUUCACCUCAUUCUGAACCUGAAGAAGGUGAACACACUAAUUCAGACUCAGAUGAAAGCACAGAAUCUGACUCUGAGUCAGAUGCAGAUUCUAAGUCUGCUGAUGAAAAUAUGGAUGUAAAAUCAGGGAAAGAAGAUGAAAAAGAAACUAUAGAUGAAGUACAUAAAUCUAGGCCAAAUUCCAAAUCUCCAGUUUCACCCAAGUCCAAUCACGCCAGUCCAUUAUCACAUGAAUCUGUAAGGUCACAAUCAAGAUCAAAAAGUAGAAGCAGAUCACAUUCAUUUUCACCUCCUCCGCCUGGUGAAAAUGGUAAAGUUAAUACUGAGGAAGAAAAACCUCAAGAAGAUGAUGAGGAAGCAAAAUUAAGAGAAGAGGCAAUGAAUGCUUUACCACCGUAUUAUCCCGCCUUGCAGGGAUGUCGAUCUGUUGAGGAGUUUCAAUGCCUCAAUAGAAUCGAGGAGGGCACGUACGGAGUUGUUUACAGAGCGCGCGACAAGACCACCGACGAAAUAGUCGCUCUCAAACGACUCAAAAUGGAGAAGGAAAAGGAGGGAUUUCCUAUUACGUCAUUGAGAGAAAUCAAUACUUUGCUCAAGGGCCAGCACCCCAACAUCGUGACGGUGCGGGAGAUCGUGGUCGGCUCCAACAUGGACAAGAUAUUCAUUGUCAUGGACUACGUCGAGCACGAUUUGAAAAGCCUUAUGGAAACUAUGAGGGGGAAGAAACAAGUGUUUUUACCAGGUGAGGUUAAAUGUUUAAUGACCCAAUUACUGAAGGCUGUCCACCAUUUACACGACAAUUGGAUAUUACAUAGAGAUCUCAAGACUAGUAAUCUGCUGCUAUCACACAAAGGAAUUUUAAAGGUGGGUGAUUUUGGUCUUGCAAGAGAAUACGGUUCACCUCUACGCCAAUACACGCCCAUAGUAGUGACACUGUGGUAUCGCGCGCCAGAGCUUCUGCUUUGCUGCAAAGAGUAUUCUACACCAAUCGACAUGUGGAGUGUUGGGUGCAUUUUCGCUGAGUUCAUCACUAUGAACCCACUCUUCCCUGGAAAGUCUGAAGUGGAUCAGUUAAACAGAAUUUUCAAAGACCUGGGCACGCCUUCCGAGCUACUAUGGCCGGGAUACAAGGAGCUUCCUGCGGUACAGAAGAUGACGUUUGCAGAGCAUCCGUCCGGCGGCCUGAGACAGCGCAUCGGCUCAGACCUGCUCUCAGAGACCGGACACUCUUUGCUACAAGGUUUCCUAACAUACAACCCUGCCAGAAGAUUGACAGCUGAUGCUGCAUUAGAACAUGCAUAUUUUAAGGAGCAGCCGAUCGCGAUCGAGCCAGCGAUGUUCCCCACGUGGCCCGCCAAGUCGGAGGGCAACCGGCGCACCACGCACAGCCCCAAGCCGCCCGCCGGCGGCGCCGCCUACGCGCAGUACGCGCGCGCCGACUCGGACGAGUCGCUCGGCUUCCACGUGCAGAGCCGUUCCCUCAACGUAGCGCCGGGCUUCUCGCUCAAGUUC